AUGAGCGCGAGCGGCGGGCUCUCGGGUCUUUUUUAGCGCCAUCUGCUCGCGGCGCCGCCUCCUGCUCCUCCCGCCGCCGCCCUGAGUCACUGCCUGCGCAGCUCGGGCCGCUCGGCUCCCCGCGCUCGCCACCGAUACUUGGCAUUUGUACAACAUGGCAGACAUCGACAACAAAGAACAGUCUGAACUUGAUCAAGAUUUGGAUGAUGUUGAAGAAGUAGAAGAAGAAGAAACUGGUGAAGAAACAAAAAUCAAAGCGCGUCAGCUGACUGUUCAGAUGAUGCAAAAUCCUCAGAUUCUUGCAGCCCUUCAAGAAAGACUUGAUGGUCUGGUAGAAACACCAACAGGAUACAUUGAAAGCUUGCCUAGGGUAGUUAAAAGACGAGUGAAUGCUCUCAAAAACCUUCAAGUUAAGUGUGCACAGAUAGAAGCCAAAUUCUAUGAGGAAGUUCAUGAUCUUGAAAGAAAGUAUGCUGUUCUUUAUCAGCCUCUGUUUGAUAAGCGAUUUGAGAUCAUUAAUGCCAUUUAUGAACCUACAGAAGAAGAAUGUGAAUGGAAACCAGAUGAGGAAGAUGAAAUUUCGGAGGAGCUAAAAGAAAAGGCCAAGAUUGAAGAUGAGAAAAAGGAUGAAGAAAAAGAAGAUCCCAAGGGAAUUCCUGAGUUUUGGCUGACCGUUUUUAAGAAUGUUGACUUGCUCAGUGAUAUGGUUCAGGAACAUGAUGAGCCUAUUCUGAAGCACUUGAAAGAUAUUAAAGUGAAGUUCUCAGAUGCUGGUCAACCUAUGAGUUUUGUCUUAGAAUUUCACUUUGAACCCAAUGAAUAUUUCACAAAUGAAGUGUUGACAAAGACAUAUAGGAUGAGAUCAGAACCAGAUGAUUCUGAUCCCUUUUCUUUUGAUGGACCAGAAAUUAUGGGUUGUACAGGGUGCCAGAUAGAUUGGAAAAAAGGGAAGAAUGUCACUUUGAAAACGAUUAAGAAGAAGCAGAAACACAAGGGACGUGGGACAGUUCGUACUGUGACCAAAACAGUUUCUAAUGACUCUUUCUUUAACUUUUUUGCCCCUCCUGAAGUUCCUGAGAGUGGAGAUCUGGAUGAUGAUUCUGAAGCUAUCCUCGCUGCAGACUUUGAAAUUGGUCACUUUUUACGUGAGCGUAUAAUCCCAAGAUCAGUGUUAUACUUUACUGGAGAAGCUAUUGAAGAUGAUGAUGAUGAUUAUGAUGAAGAAGGUGAAGAAGCGGAUGAGGAAGGGGAAGAAGAAGGAGAUGAGGAAAAUGAUCCAGACUGUGACCCAAAGAAGGAUCAAAAUCCAGCAGAGUGCAAGCAGCAGUGAAGCAGGAUGUAUGAGGCCCUGAGGAUAACCUGCACUGAUCUGCCUUCUGCUUCCAUGGAAAGGAUGAAUUUGCACCAUUUGACAAGCCUAUUUCAAGUUUUUUGUUUGUUUGUUUGCUCAUUUUUGUUUUUGCAUCCUAAAAUAAAAAUGUCAUAUAAUUUUAGUUCUCAAAAGAUAACGUCUUAACUUUGUACUAAUUCAGGUAGAAGCAGAGGCCUAGCUUAAAUUAUGUACCCAGUUUACCAUAUUAUUGAAGAAAG